AUGCAUGAUUUGAAAGUAAAUUUGUACUGCAAACUAUUUUUGCCGCUGCUCGUUGAUUGCCCUUCCUUCCAGCUUCGUUCUGUUUUAUGCUACCUUUCCUUAGCAGGGUUUAAGACUUUUAUAGGUCAAUCUCUGUAUAAGAAACCCCACGCUAUUUACGGUUUUUGUCGUUGGCUUUCCCUUCCUGCAUCUAGCCGCCUCCUGGAUCCUUAUGUUCAUUCGGUGCCUAUUCCUGAGGUUUGGAUGGAUGUGUUGAAUGGCGACCGUGUGAUGGGAGGAGAUCCUGAUUCCUUGCAAGAUUUCUGUGUUGCAGACAUGCAAGGCAUAGUUUCAGUGAACGGCUUCUCUUGCAAGGACCCCAAAAUGGUUUCAGCAGAGGACUUCUUCUUCAGCGGGCUUCGACGAGGGGACACAAACAACGCAGUAGGGUCUAACGUAACAGCAGCCAACGUUAACCAGAUUCCGGGGUUAAACCAUUUGGGAAUAUCGUUGGUCCGCAUAGACUACGCUGUGGAUGGAAUUAAUCCUCCUCACACCCAUCCAAGAGCCACAGAAAUCCUGGUUUUACUUGAAGGCAAACUGCUAGUGGGAUUCAUCGAUACAACAAACAAGUUUCACAGCAAGGUGUUGGAGAAAGGAGACGUGUUUGUGUUUCCCAAGGGAUUGCUACAUUUCCAGCAUAAUGUGGGGGUGGGAGAUGCAGUGGUCAUCGCUGGUUUGAGCAGCCAGAAUCCAGGAGUUCAGGUUACUGCCAAUUCUCUGUUUGCCGCAAAUCCUCCUAUGCCAGAUGGUGUAUUGACCAAGGCCUUCCGCAGCGACAAAGCACUUAUCGAUUUCAUUCAGGGCAAGUUCAUGUAA